UUCUUGCACCCAUUUGAAAUCCCACUUGAACCACCCAACCAAUUGUUCCCCACACUUGCAGUUUUCCUCGCAAUUCAACUAUUUUUGGAUAUCCUCUUCAACCCACCUCCCAAUUGCGCCAAAUAACUCACUUUUCUAUCUCUACGAUGCAUUUGGGUAGUUUCAGUAACUGUAAAGGAAAUAUGAACUUGGGGUUUCCAAAUUCUCAGUUUUUACACGACUUCAAGGCUUGCCAAUUGGGGAAUUCAGGUUUUCUUUAUGAACCUAGAUGCACAAAGGUGAGAAGUUCUUGCUUUGGAUCCUUAAAACCCCUAAAUUACAGCGUCUUUUGUGAACCUAGAUGGUCAAAUCAGAGUGUUUCUUGUUCUAAACCCUUGAAAACCCAAAAUUAUUCCGGAAAGGAGGUGGGAUUUCUUAAAACAGUUGAAAAGAAGAAGAAUUUGUUAUCUGUUAGGGUAAAAUCGGUGAUUGGUGUUAGUAAAGUGGUGGAGAAAGAUGAUGUUGCCGAGGUGAAGAUGAUGGAUAGUGGUGGUGGUGGUGGUGGUUAUGAUGCAAUUGUGAUUGGUUCCGGGAUUGGUGGAUUGGUGGCGGCCACGCAGUUGGCGGUGAAGGGGGCUAAGGUAUUGGUGCUGGAGAAAUAUGUGAUUCCUGGUGGGAGUUCAGGGUUCUAUGAGAGGGAUGGUUAUACUUUUGAUGUUGGAUCAUCUGUGAUGUUCGGAUUCAGCGAUAAGGGAAACUUGAAUCUAAUAACUCAAGCGUUGGCGGCAGUUGGGUGUAAAAUGGAGGUGAUACCCGAUCCAACCACUGUUCAUUUUCAUCUACCGAAUAGCCUUUCUGUCCAAGUGCAUAGAGGAUAUGAUGAUUUCAUUUCUGAACUCACGAGUAAAUUUCCCCACGAAAAGGAAGGGAUUCUCAAAUUCUACAAUGAAUGCUGGAAGAUUUUCAAUGCGUUGAAUUCACUGGAGCUUAAGUCCCUUGAGGAACCUAUAUAUCUCUUUGGACAGUUUUUCAAAAAGCCUGUGGAAUGCUUGACACUAGCUUACUAUUUGCCACAGAAUGCUGGAGCCAUAGCUCGCAACUUCAUAAAAGAUCCCGAAGUGCUCGCAUUCAUAGAUGCCGAGUGUUUUAUUGUGAGCACGGUUAGUGCUUUACAAACGCCCAUGAUCAAUGCAAGCAUGGUUUUGUGUGAUAGACAUUAUGGGGGCAUUAAUUACCCUGUUGGCGGGGUCGGAGGAAUUGCAACGUCCUUAACAGAAGGUUUAGUUGAUUACGGAAGCGAAAUACUUUACAGGGCAAACGUUACAAGCAUUAUCAUCGAUAAUGGGAAAGCUGUUGGAGUGCGAUUGUCGGAUGGAAGAGAGUUCUUUGCCAAAACCGUAAUCUCAAAUGCUACUAGAUGGGAUACUUUUGGCAAACUUUUGAAAAAACAAGAUCUACCAAAAGAAGAAGAAAAUUUCCAAAAAGUUUACGUUAAAGCGCCUUCUUUUCUUUCUAUUCACAUGGGGGUCAAAGCCGAGGUUUUGCCACCGGAUACGGAUUGCCACCAUUUUGUUCUUGAGGACGAUUGGAAAAACUUAGAGGAGCCGUACGGGAGUAUAUUUUUGAGCAUUCCGACUAUACUCGAUCCGUCGUUGGCUCCCGAAGGGCGUCAUAUUCUUCACAUAUUUACAACCUCGUCUAUAGAGGAUUGGCAGGGGCUUUCCACAAAAGAUUACGAGGCAAAGAAGGAACUUGUUGCAGACAAGAUCAUCAGCAGACUCGAAAAGAAACUAUUUCCGGGUCUCAAAUCCUCCAUCGAAUUUAAGGAGGUGGGCACACCGAAGACACACAGACGGUUCCUGGCUCGAGAUAGCGGCACGUACGGACCGAUGCCACGUAAUGUUCCCAAAGGCUUGUUGGGAAUGCCUUUUAAUACCACUGCUAUAAACGGUCUUUAUUGUGUGGGCGAUAGUUGCUUUCCGGGACAAGGCGUUAUAGCGGUAGCCUUCUCUGGCGUAAUGUGUGCACAUCGAGUAGCUGCAGACGUUGGACUCGAAAAGAAGUCACAGGUGUUAGAUGCCGGUCUCCUUGGACUUCUUGGUUGGUUGAGGUCGUUAGCGUAAGAAGCUUUACCGGUGUAAUAAUGUAAAAACGACUGUCGUCAUUCAUAUGUGAAUCCUAAAUUUAUGCAUUUGUGACGAUGAUCUCGAUCAAUUUUAUGUUA